AUGGCCACCACGAAGAACGGCUUUGUGGUGGAGGGACCUAGUCGUCCUGCUGUGACGGUCGACAGCAGACCCAGGCAACGGAAAAGGAACACGAUUAGGUGGACGAUAGGGCUGGUGGUCCGGCUCUGUAUAUGGUAUGCGCUAUUAACGCCGUUCCUUCGCUGCCCACCCCAGCUCUCCGAACUGGAUGGGGCCUCGCCCCGAGUUUGCAAACCGUACCUAAUCGCUCGAUCGCACCUCGAGCCCCAUAUAACCCCGUAUUAUAAUGCGUACGGUGCGCCCUAUGUUGAAAUGGCCCGUCCGUACGUGCAUAUCGUCAACGAAAAAGUUUAUACGCCCACGUCUCGCGUCGUUAGACGCGGCUAUGAAACUUAUGGUGUGCCCGCAUUAAACAAGGCGCAAUUAUAUGGUCAGGAUCAAUGGGAGGCGCGAGUGGCCCCACACUUGAAUGCGGUCAAGGACAAGACGAACACGCUGUACCUGUCGGAAAUCUACCCAUAUGUGCAGCGUGCCGAGGAAUUCGCCUUGCCGCCGUAUAGGAAGGCUAGUGGCGCGGUCAGAUCCGUCUUUAUCGAUUAUCUUCUACCCUUUGGCGCCAAGUACCAGCCAUACAUCGGAAAGACAUUCGCAUCGGGGCAGGAUAUCCUUACUACCACGAUUCUGCCCAACGCGCAGAACUCAUGGUCUAUUACUAUCCAGUUCAUCAAGGGAACUCUAUGGCCCAGGAUCGCCAGUCUCUACUGGGAGAAUGUAGAACCCCAACUCGUCAAAAUUGGCGAGAGGCUGGCCAGUUACCGCGAGGGAAAGGGGCCUCGAAAUGUUGUGGAUGACGCCAAUGCUUUCCCGGAUCAGUCGGUUCUUGCUUCUUCAGUCCUAGGCACCACAUCUCUGAGAACUACCCAAUUCGAAACUGCUACCAUGUCAUCCACCACCGUGGUAUCCCCGCCGCAGCUCACACUUUCGGCCGAGGAACAGAAAGCCCAAAGACGCGAGAGAGUCGAGAGUGACCUACACGCUUGGCAAGAAAAGUUCGCCGUCGCUUCUAAGAAUGGCCUUGAGGGCCUUGAGGAGCUUCUGCAAGAGGUCGUCUCUGAUUACCUCUCCAAGGAAAAUGUAGACCAUGGCGAGGAAUUGGUCACCGGGCUGGAGGCGGUUGUGGAGAAUGAGAUCAUCGCUCUCAAGCAUCAUAUCAACACCCUGGCUGAAUCUCUGCCCUACGAAGAACUCCCCAGAGCUGAAAAGGCUGCCCAAGAGGAGCUGUUGAGGAACCUCAAAGAAUCCGCAAUCUCCAUCCGAGGCCGUGCUCACGCUCUCCGGCAAUGGCGCAACUCGUUCGAGAAUGAGCUAAUGCGUCGCGUUCAUGCCGCAGUCAACUCUACCCUCGAAGUUCUCGAUAAUGUUCGUGAUCUUGGGUUUCAAGAGGUGGGCAUCCGCUGGGCGUCGAUGGAUGGUGUUACCUACAAAGACUGGGCCAGAUACCACGCACUCAAAGCAGAAAUGGAGGAUUGGAAAGAUCAAUUUAUCGCCUUUGGCAUCAAACAUGCUAAGGUCGAAGAAGCGGUCUCAGCUGCCGAGGAAACAUUGUCACGAGGAAUGGUUGUGGCUGAGGAUGCUGCGAAGGAGCUUGCGAGAUUGAGGGAAGUCGGCAAAUGGAAGAUUUCUGCGCGGGAAGCGAGCGACAACUUUGAUACGAGAUCUGAACCUCCGCCAUCACUUCCAGAGCCCGCCACUCCCGAAGAAGACACUGCUGAUGAAAUCAUUCUGGACGAGACAUCCCAGACAAGCCCCGAGACUUUCGAGAACCAUCGUGCCUCCGCGGAGUUCACUGCCGAGCAACUGGAUAACCCGGCCGACGUUGCCGGCACCAGCAACCUCGAUGCAUCCGACCAGGCAGCAUGGGGCGUGGCCGCAGCAGUUCUCUCUUCCCAAAAAGCCAAGGAAGGCCACCUGGGCUCCGAAGAGCAGGAGGCUAUCGAGAAACUCAUUUCGGGGUUGCUUGUCGGCAAAGAUGUUGAGUUCGCCGAAGACAUCAUGAAACAACUCCGCGCCAUCUACAAGACACCGAGGCCAUCCGGGGUAUCAUCCUCGGUAUCAUCCUCGGCAUCGAGCAUGGCGGCACCUUCGGCACCAGUCAGCGUCAUUGAUGAUGCUUUGACAACGCCAGCAGCUACUCCACUCGACGAGACCACUACUCUUGCUUCUGCGGUGACUGAGGAAAUUGCUUCCGAACCGACUGUUGCACAUGCCGCCCCCGACGUGCCAAACCCAGCGCAUGAACAGCAAGAAUCCCCCGAGGAUCCGGAGGACGUCGAAGCAGCCAUGGAGAGUGCGGAGUCACAAUAUGUCAGCCUGACCUCCCGUGCGAGUGACUUCGAACCCGUCGCAGUUGAGACUGGUGUGGAUGACUCCGAUGAACAGACCGAAAGCAUGGAUGACGACGUUGAGGCUGAAUUAUAA